AUGCACUGCACGCAGGCCCCGCAAUCAUACUCCGCCCUUGAGACACUUGUGUUAAAUCUUAGAAAUCAUGACGGUGGGGAGGCACUACGGGAAGUCCAGGAUGACCACGCAGCUCUGCUGGAAGAACUCCGGGAUCGAGUCGAUGCCCUAGCGCCUUCUAUGCACCGACAGGAUGCACAUUUUGCACAAGUCAUAGUAUCGCUCCUUCUGGACUUGAACCAGUUGCCUGCAGUUUCUCCUUUAGAUUCAGCCCCUCAGGCAUCUUCAUCCGCUCCUCCUGGCCUUAUCACUGGACAGCCCGCUGAGCUUCUCAGUACCCUGAAAAAGCAGCUUGGCGAUCUCCAGCUGGAACGGAAGGCAGGGGCAGGCAGUCUCUCCUCGCAAUCCCCAAUACAAACUGUACAAACCGCGCUUCUUUGGUCCAAUAUUGAUCGCAAACUAGAAACUGUAGCAGCACUUUGUAAAGACCGCGCCGAUUCUCAUCGUUCCCCCUCCCUAGAUCACCUCCCCCCUCAAUAUGACCACGUAGACCACGACUUCGAGACACCCCCAGAAUAUGAUGCCGAGUAUCACCCAUCUCCAGAGAAGGCUGACAUCCAGCCGCCGACGUCCAUGCCAUCUCCCAGCAUCCCCAACGAGAAACUGCGCAUGGAUUUCGAUGCCGUGACUCUGGCAAUCGAGCGUCUGUAUCUCGUUGCACCCCAGCUGCACAACCAACGAGUGGAAUUGAAGAGCGCCAAGCUCGCCCAAAUGGAACGUGCGCGGCUUGAAGGUCCUAAAGUCCAGCCUUCCAUAACGAAGGGGAAGCAGAAAGCUUAUGAUGCGGAUAUGCGCGAUCUCGACCACAUGCUUGAGCUCAUCGGGAAAGCGUCAGACCGCAAGAUGACAGAUCAGUCAGUUGUCAUGGAUAGCAGACGGAUGUCCAGGCUUAGGCAAGCAAAGCAGCAGUACGAAGAUCAGCGAGGUGCAUUUGUCGACCAUCUUGUCCAACGUUCGGGAGCUGGAAGAUUACACGAUCAAGAUGCCAUCCUACAACCCAAAGUCAGAGCACUGGAUGAGCUCGUUACGCUACCAGAGUUUAUCCGCGAAUCAAUGCAGGAGGACCCACACGCGUUACGCCAACAAACGAUGUCCUCUUCUAGAGAUGGGCCUGAUGGGGAACCUGUUCCUGACGUUCCGACAUCAAGCCACAAGAAGUCACGCAGUCGAAGUAUAUCCGCUCCACAAUGGUUGCGCCCUGCAGCAGAACUUAGCCGGCGGCUGUCUAAGAGUUCCAGUAGACCGGCCUCUUCCCAUGGGCAGAACUCUACAGGGAGCGCCGCACUCGAUAUUUCCUACGUCGCCGAAUAUCACGAGACCUUGAAACAUGUCCUAGUCUUCGUGACAGUCUCGGGCGUUCCCGUUGACACUGAGCUGCAGGCUGAAGUGUUGCCAACUUCGUCCAGUGGGACGGAAGGCGACUGGCUGGUGAUUAGGAGCUCUUGGGCUUCCUCGCCUCCACUAAGCCUGCCGGUCCGAGUCGCUCCAGGAAAGAAAGAUGUCCACAUUCGCCAAGGACACUACGAGCUCAAAAUCGGGAUUGCAAAUCCACAGGCGGCGAGGUCCUCUUCACCCGAUGAACCUACCCCAUUGAUGUCUGCUGAGCAACUCAUGUCGUUGAAGCCGACAUCCUGGUCCUGCAUAUCCUGCUCGCUUCCCCUUGUCUACAGCCUAAAGUUGACAAAAUACCGCGACCUUCCAUCAGAGCAUUGGGAAGAACUCGUGGAUGCCUGGAUGUGCCAUGCCGACCAAACGCUACAUAAUCACGUCGCUAAGCAUGGCCGCGGGUUCUGGCCUGAGGAGAGCGAGGCUCUGGUUGGAUGCAGUUACAUUCUCUUCCAACAAUCGGCAAUUGUAUCCAAUAAUGUCUCCUGCACCGAGCAGCCGCUGGUGAAUACGCAUUUUCUACUGUGGCAAGUUUCGCUUUCGGUUGAUACAAAGCGUCCAAUAUUGAACCGAGGUGAGGAGUCGUGGCUGGCACGAUGCAUAUGUGGCGCAAUAAUUGGUCGGCGGCAUGAACGACACAGUCCCGACGGUACGGCUUCAGCAAUGUACCGUUUGUUCAAGUAUGCAGUGCGACCAAUCAGCCAUAUAGCAGAACUUCCCCGAUUCCCGAUGUCUGCAUUCAUCAUGCAAGACAUGCUCGAGCACGUAUCUGCCCAUGCAACAUACCGCUUCGUAAUCUCUGAUGAAGAAGAGGAGCGGCCGCGACUUCUGAUAUGGCUGUUCAAGCCGAGGAUACGUGUCUCGUAUAUGCUCCCCGCGCCAUACCUUCUUCCGAAACAGGGCUCCAUCGACGCGUCAAAAGUUUUGUACAGGAUUCUGGGCCCAUCAUCAUCAACGAUUGCUUUGAAAGACCUACUGGCUCGAUACCCAGGGUUCCCUCAAGCGGAGCACCUCUUCUACCCGAUUGAUGUUUGUCGGAAGCUCGCAGGACUCUUGACGGAGAGCACGCAUUCGUAUCCAGAGAACAUAAAGACGAUGACGGGCUUGGAUGUUGGCUGGUUGAAUCGUGGAUCAUGA